UUGGCUAUUAGAGGAGAGUGCCUUGCGCUGUAAUUCCUGGUUUUAGAAAUAUUAUCGACACACGGGCUGAGUAGGUUAUCCGUUCCCGAAUACGUGCGAGGAUCUAAUCUCCGGUACGGUGGAGCUUUGUUUAGCGCUGGUGUUGCCCUAAUCAAAGAUGGCGGUCGAGGAUGCUUAGUGGUUGCAUGAGAGACUGAGAGUUACCCUGAAAAGAAGUUGCAAAACUGGAAAGAAAAACAGACCGAAUAUGUGGAGCGAGGUGGUCUUGGUGUUGCAGGGAGCGUCUCGCGUGGCGCAGGCGGUGGUGAAGAUGGGCUGUGAAGAGCUGCGUGUGGCAACCACCACCACCACGUUAGGAAGCGGCAUUAAGUCUCUGCAGUCAACGGCUGAGCGCUGUGUGAGCACGGUAUUCACAAAUAUGCAGGUCAGCAAGACGGAUUCCAGAGAGCGCCCACAGUCUCCCGACUUUGACGCUGAUUCUUGGAGCGUGAUGUCAGAUUUACCUCCAGCUGAAGAGGCGCCGUCUUCCCAGACAAACCCUGGGGAAUGGCCAAAGAAGGGUCCAAGCGUGACUGGUAUUGGGCAAGUCAGAAUGUACAGCACCAUUAGAGGGUUAACAGCCGAUGAGAUUCAGAGAGCGAGGGAGGCUAAACUACCAGGUGGCGCAGAGGAUCAUGGCAGACCCAAGCGACAGAAGCUCAGUGAAAGGGCUAGAGAGAGGAAGGUGCCCGCAUCUCGCAUCAGUCGCAUGGCAAAUUUUGGGGGCUUGGCCGUUAGUCUUGGCAUUGGUGCGCUGACAGAAGCGGCGAAACAGUCCCUGAGCCGAGAAAAGAAGUCAGGAGAAAUGACUGUCCUGGAAGCAAACUCUUUCAUGAGCGAAGCCAAUGCCGAGAGAAUCGUCGACACAUUGUGCAAAGUGCGGGGGGCUGCACUGAAGUUGGGGCAGAUGCUGAGUAUUCAAGAUAAUAGCUUCCUUAGUCCGCAACUGCAGAAGAUCUUUGAGAGGGUGAGACAGAGCGCAGAUUUUAUGCCUUCCUGGCAGACGACGAAAGUGCUUGAGGAGGAGCUGGGCGCUGGUUGGAGGGAGAAGCUGUCCUAUUUUGAAGAUAAACCUUUUGCAGCCGCCUCUAUAGGCCAGGUGCAUCUUGCCAGGCUGCUGGACGGCCGUGAAGUCGCUAUGAAGAUCCAGUAUCCGGGAAUUUCUCAAAGUAUUAAGAGUGAUGUGGAAAAUCUGCUGUCAAUUCUGAAGCUAAGCGUAGUUCUACCAGACGGUCUGUUUCCUGAAAACAGUGUGCAAGUCCUACAGAAAGAACUGGCAUGGGAAUGUGACUAUCUACGUGAAGCCAACUGCGCCAAGACAUUCCGGAAUCUCCUGAGCGAUGAGCCCUUCUUCAGGGUGCCACAGGUGAUUGACGAUCUCACUACCAAGAGAGUGUUAACUAUGGAGCUGGUGUCCGGAGUUCCUCUUGAUCAAUGUGCAGAGAUGGACCAGGAAACCCGUAACCAGAUAUCCUACAAUAUCUUGCGCCUCUGCCUGCAGGAGGUCUUUCAGUUCCGUUUUAUGCAGACUGACCCAAACUGGUCCAACUUUUUCUAUGACGCAGAUCUGGACAAGGUGAUGUUGUUGGACUUUGGAGCCAGUCGAGGGUUUAGUGAAAACUUCACUGAUGAUUAUAUUGAGGUUGUGAAAGCAGCAGCAGAAGGUGACCGAGCGAGAGUUCUACAAAAGUCCAGAGACCUGAAAUUUGUGACCGGAUUUGAAACAAAGGUUUUUGAAGAGGCUCACAUAGAUGCUGUGAUGAUUCUAGGAGAGGCUUUUGCCUCUGAAGAGCCGUUCAAUUUUGGGACCCAAAACACAACCAAAAGGAUCCACGACCUGAUCCCGGUCAUGCUAAAACACAGACUUACACCUCCACCUGAAGAGACCUACUCCCUGCAUCGGAAAAUGGCAGGCUCUUUUCUCAUCUGUGCCAAGCUUAAUGCAAUCAUCUCUUGUAAAGACCUCUUUGAUAGUACAUAUCUCCAGUACUGGGCAGAACGAGGGCGAGAGGGGCACCAGUCCACCGCUGAUUAAACCACUCCAUCAUUUUUACUUGAAACCAAUGACACGGUUAUAGUGGUGUGUUUUUUUUUUUUUUUUUCUUUUUUAAUCCUUUAAUUACCCAGAGAAUUGGCAGUACAGUCCUACUACCCUGUGGGCCUUUGACCGGUCGAGCAGAUACGGUUUUGUUACUCGCCAGUCUGCCGGCCUAGAAAUGACGAUCUUCCAAGACGUUAGGCUUCUUGUGGCAAGUGUGUUCUUUUUCAGCUAUCAUUGUACUGUAGUGGAAUUUGUCUGUUAAAUGGGACAGAUUAAAGGUCCCAUCCU